AUGCUGCUCCCUAAAGGUGGCGUGACCUGGAAGUCCGCCAAAGCCAGGUUACCUCCCUGGAAGGCGAUAUUAAUGUUCUUGACUCGGACAAGAUUCCUGGUUGCGGUGGCAUUGACGGGCCUGAUUGUUUUACUAUGGCGGGGAAUCAGUGUAUCAACACAACAGAUGUCAAAUUUCUAUUGCUUUGGGCCUUCAAAACCGCCCACUCAAAUGACAAAGAACGAAAUGGCGGCAUGGAACCAACACCUCCAGACGCCUGUCCUCUUCAACCACCAUGAACCCUAUCAGGUCAACGCCAGCACCAUCGAACGGAUCGACCUGAAUCCCAUCGUUUCCACCCCCCGAGCACUGAGCAAUAAGGAACGAGUGCUUAUCCUCACCCCUCUGCGCGACGCAGCACCGUACUUGAUCAAAUACUUCGACCUGCUAUCUGAACUCACAUAUCCACACGACUUGAUUGAUUUAGCAUUCCUGGUCGGCGAUUCCGUCGAUGAUACCCUGGCCGUACUUUCCGCAGAGUUGAAUCGCAUCCAGCAAAGGACAGACAAGAUUCCAUUCCACAGCGUCCUGAUCGUGGAGAAGGACUUUGGGUCCAGCCUCGACAUGAACGUCGAGUCGCGACAUGGAUUCGCCGCUCAGGGUCCAAGGAGAAAAGCAAUGGGAAGAGCGAGGAACUACCUUCUUUCUGCAGCCCUGAAGCCCGAACACAGCUGGGUCUACUGGCGGGACGUGGAUAUUGUGGAUUCCCCCAAGAAGAUUAUCGAGGAUUUCGUCGCACAUGAUCGCGAUAUCCUAGUCCCCAAUAUCUGGUUCCAUCGCUACGAGAACGGCCGCGAUAUCGAAGGCCGUUUCGACUACAACAGCUGGAUCGAAUCCGACAAGGGCCGUCGUCUAGCUAAUUCGCUGGACAAGAACGUGGUCUUGGCAGAGGGUUAUAAAGAGUACGAUACCGGCCGCACAUACAUGGCCCGCAUGGGCGACUGGAGGCACAACAAGGACGAAGAGAUCGAGCUGGAUGGCAUUGGGGGUGUAAAUAUCUUGGUCAAGGCCGACGUACAUCGGUCUGGCAUCAACUUCCCUUGCUACGCGUUCGAGAAUCAAGCCGAAACAGAGGGUUUCGCGAAGAUGGCCAAGCGGGCCGGAUACCAGGUCGUGGGAUUGCCGAAUUACGUCGUUUGGCAUAUCGACACGGAAGAGAAACCCGGGAACGCCGCAUAG